AUGUCCAAGAAAAAGACCACAUCAAACGAAGAAAAGUUAGAUAUUUGUGUUGAUUUCUUUCUGGAAAAUAGGGAGCCUUUCUCAUUGAAAGAGUUGGAGAAAAGGCUUCCCAAAUUCAAUUCGGCCAUCAAAUUUCCUCUAGUUAAAGAUUUACUCACUCAGCUCACCGCUGAUUCUAGAAUUGAUACCGACAAAAUUGGAUCAUCAAAUCAAUAUUGGCUAUUUCCGAGCGCAGCUAGCGAGUCUAGAAAGAGAAAGAAACAAGAGCUGGAAACACAACUAGAAGCUGAAAAUGUAAAGAAAAAAAAAUUAGAUGAAGAAAUUGAAGAAGCUGAAAUUGGGAAGGAAGACAAUGAAGAAAGAAGAAAUCUUCUAAAUGAACUGGAGGAAAUAAGAAAAGAAAGAGAAGAAGUCAUGAAGCAACUCAAAAGAUACGAAGAUUUAGAUCCCGAAUUGAUUGAAAAGAUCAAAUCUGAUGUGUCAGUUUGCAAAGAUGCUGCUAAUAGGUGGACCGAUAAUGUUUUUUCGCUUGUCGGGUAUUGCAAGAAGAACUUUAACAUGGAUCAAAAAUCAAUUUAUGAAAGGUUUGAGAUUCCAGAAGAGUUUGAUAAUAUUGAAUAA